AUGACGAAACAUUUUCUUCGAAAAUCUCAAAUAAAUUUUUAUUUUAAUCGUUAUUUACAUGAAAAAUCUCGUUUUGAAAAUGGUCCUAAUUUAGAAUAUUUUCUUAAACAACCAAAAUCAAAUGAUUAUCAGGGUAAUUUAAUAUUAGGUAAAGGUGAACAACGUCUUCGAAUUCCACCAUGGUUAAAAACUGAAAUACCUAUGGGAGAAAAUUUUACAAAAUUAAAAAAUACAAUGUCAAAAUUAAAUUUAAAUACAGUUUGUGUUGAAGCUAAAUGUCCAAAUAUUGGUGAAUGUUGGAAUGGUGGUGAAGAUCGUAUAGCAACAGCUACAAUUAUGUUGCUAGGUGAUGAAUGUACUCGUGGUUGCCGUUUUUGUUCAGUUAAAACUUCUCGUAAACCAUCACCACCUGAUCCAAAUGAACCAGAAAAUACAGCUAAAGCUAUAUGUUCAUGGGAUAUUGAUUAUAUUGUUUUAACAUCUGUUGAUCGUGAUGAUUUAUCAGAUCAAGGUUCAUCACAUAUAGCACAAACAAUAAGUUCAAUAAAACGACAAAAACCAAAUUUACUUAUUGAAUGUUUAACACCAGAUUUUCGUGGUGAUAAAAAAUGUAUUGAAACAAUUGUUAAAUCAAAUUUAGAUGUUUAUGCACAUAAUGUUGAAACUGUAAGAGAAUUACAAUCACAUGUUCGUGAUUAUCGUGCUAAUUUUGAACAAUCAUUAAAUGUUUUAAUUUAUGCAAAAGAACUAAAUCCAAAUUUAAUAACAAAAACUUCUUUAAUGUUAGGUUUAGGUGAAACAAAUGAACAAAUUCGAGAAACAAUGCGUCAAAUACGUACAUAUGCUAAUGUUGAUUGUUUAACAUUAGGACAAUAUAUGCAACCAACAAGGCGACAUUUAAAAGUUAAAGAAUUUAUUCGACCAGAAGUAUUUGAAGAAUUAAAAAAUUAUGGUGAAUCAAUUGGAUUUCUUUAUGUUGCAAGUGGACCACUUGUUAGAUCAUCUUAUCGAGCUGGAGAAUAUUUUAUUAAAAAUAUUCUUAAAACUAAACGUCAAAAAAAAGAAGCAGUUAAUGUUUGA